AUGUUUAGGGAUAACGAUGGAGCAGGAGGAAACACAAAUUUCCUUGGACCCCAUAUAGAGGGGGUUCAUGCCCCCCCUGGAAGCGCGAACACCUUUGAUUUAUUUACGAAAUAUAAAGUGUUGACCCCGUGUGUUAUUUUCUACUUCCUUGUGAUAUAUCUCUUGAAUGCUCUGCGUACUGGGUGCAUGAUGCUCAUCGAGAAAAUAUACAACGAGUUAAUGAAACUGUACAUGUCAUUCAUGAAAAAGGACAAAGACAUGACCAACAUGGGAUACUACUUCGAUGGAAACAGGUAUGGAAACAAGUAUGGUACCCAGCAUUUAAAUAGCAGCAUGGACAUGCGUAUAAGCCCCAUUAUAAGCAACGAAAAGGACAGGUCACAGUAUAUGAGUAGAAAAAAUGCAAACAGAGGACCUGUAUUGUAUGGCCUAUUGGACGACGAACAAGGAGCAAACCUCCGCCUAAAAGGUGACUCCCUAUACAAAAAAAUAAACGUAUUUGAUAGUCAAAUGAAUAAUGAGUUAGAAGAAGAAUAUGAUGAGGAUGAGUUCUCAGAUGAUGAUUCAGAAUAUGAUUUAGAAGAUGAUGACUACGAGGACGAUUACCACCUCUUCGACGAUGACGACGAGGAUGACAAGUUGAAUACCUACGAAGGACCCAACAGAAACAUGCGUACAAGAGGGGAAAAAAUGAUAAAGGCAGAGCUACCAAAAGAUGUAAACAAACCUGUAACAACAGAUAUACCAAAUGAACUAAAAGAAUUUCUGAAAAAUGGAAUGGACAAAAAUGUAUUCGACGAAUGGUCGAAUCAUGUUAAUUUGAAACCAAUAGACACAACGCAGAACGGUAGCGAAAAUACACAGCUGACACUCAACGAACAGAUAGUCCAAUCAAUUCUAAAGGAUGAGGUCGUCAAUAGAGCGGAAGCAAACACGCAGUUAAUAAAUCUCAACGCGUGGAAAGAUGUAUCACAAUUGAAUAGCGAACUCAAUGAUGCGAAAAAUAAGCAUAAGGAUAAAAAAAACGAACAUGAGCAAAAAGCUACUGAAAUGAGACAGCUCGAAGAAGAAAUUAAUGAAAUCCAAAAACAAAUUGAAAAUGUGGAACAGAACAGGAACGUUCAUGCUGACCCGAAUGAAGAGUACAGACACCUGUUUUUUCUGUACCCACAAAAUAAAAUGGUCCACGAGGAAGAAAAAAAAGGACUCCUCAUGGAGCUGCAACAUAAAUAUAAAAUCAAAGUGGAAGAAAAGCAAAAUCUGCUUGACCACAUGCAUAAGGUGAAGAAUGAAAUGCAGCGCGCGGCCGACCAGGUGAUCGUCCUGUGCGCAAGUAUUAUAGCCAAGGAGCAGGCAGAGAAACAUAAGGAAAAAGUAAACCAGCCGUCUGGACAACAGCCGUCGCUGGAAACCAAAGCGGAAGAGCAGCUACCAAAUAUGUCGAACCUGUUAAACUCACCACAAGUACCGCCAACACCAUCGCUAGCAUCGCUACGGGCUCAACUGAAAGGAGCAUGCCUUCCGGCGUGGGUAGAGGAAUUGCCAGAGCAAGUCAAAAUUAGUAUUCUAUCCGAUUUGCAGCAAAAACUUGGAAUGAUGGAUUCCAAAAUAAACCCACAAGGAGAAAAUAUUGAACAACACCUGAACUAUGCCUACUGA